AUAGCAGAUUAGUUUUUACAUAUGAAUAACAAUAUACUUGUUGACUAUUAAGCCGUCACCAAAUAUGAAUAACAAUAUACUUGUUGACUACUAAAAUAAUUUAUUACUUGUGGGAAAACUUUAUACUACCUACUUUUUUUAUAAGACCUUUACAAAUGAAGUAUAACUAAUAGUUGUUCAGGUUCAGCAACAGUCGAUUACCAUUUAAAAGCGUACUACUAAUACUACUUGGACUAUAAAUAGUCUUUCAUUUUAACACAUUAUAAAAAGUCUUUCAUUUUCCUCUCAUCAUGUAUCUCAAAUUCUAGUAUUCUACCCAUCAAAGUAAAAGAAACAAAAAUAACAAAAUGCGAAUUCUUGUUUUCUUCUUGUUUAUUCACUGUCUGAAUAUUAGCUUCAUCAAUGGCGGAAUAUUAUCAGAACAAGAAGCAUUAUUAGCUAUUAAAUCUGCCAUUAAAGAUGAUCCUCAUAAAAGUCUAUCAUCUUGGAAAAACACUACUCACCAUUGCAAUUGGUCAUUCGUCACUUGCUCUUCGUCUUCUUACUCUCCCACUGUCAUUUCCCUGGACAUCUCCAACUUAAAACUCAAUGGUACUCUCUCUCCUCAAAUCGGUUUUCUUACAAACCUGCAAAACCUAUCUCUCCAAGAUAACUAUUUUUAUGGGCAUGUCCCGUCUUCUCUUCCUCUCCUUACAAAACUCCAAUAUCUCGACCUUAGCGAUAACAGCUUUAGUGGUCCACUCUCUUUAUUUGUUAAUAUGUCGGAGCUUCGGUGCCUUUACCUUCGUCAGAACGACUUUUCUGGUACAAUAUCGCCAGAGUUUAGUAAACUUCAAAAGCUUCAAGUUUUGGAUCUUUCUUUCAACAAUUUUUCGGGAUUACUUCCUUAUGAAUUAGGAUUCUUAAAGAGGUUGAAAAGUUUAGACUUAUCAAUUAAUCAAUUACAUGGUGAGAUACCAAAUUCUUUUUCUCUUCUUACAAAUUUGUUUUAUUUGGAUUUAUCAAAUAAUCAAUUACAUGGUGAGAUACCAAAUUCUUUUUCACUUCUUACAAAUUUGAGGUUUUUGUAUUUAUCAAAUAAUCAAUUACAUGGUGAGAUACCAAAUUCUUUUUCUCUUCUUACAAAUUUGUUUUAUUUGGAUUUAUCAAAUAAUCAAUUACAUGGUGAGAUACCAAAUUCUUUUUCUCUUCUUACAAAUUUGAGUGUGUUGGAUUUAUCAAAUAAUCAGUUAUAUGGUGAGAUACCAAAUUCUUUUUCUCUUCUUAGAAAUUUGAUUUAUUUGAAUUUAUCAAAUAAUCAAUUUCAUAGUGAGAUACCAAAUUCUUUUUCUCUUCUUACAAAUUUGAGUGUUUUGGAUUUAUCAUAUAAUCAACUCACGGGUCAGUUACCUGUCAACAUUGGAAAGCUUACGAGUCUUUUUUAUUUGUCGGUUGCCAACAAUAACUUGAUUGGAAAAAUCACACCACAGAUUACAGGAUACAAUAUCACGAAUUUUAAAAACUCGUCUAUCUGCAACUUGGUUUAUCUUGAAAUCCUUGAUUUAUCUUAUAACAAGUUUAAUGGAGAAGUUCCUCAUUGCUUGGGCAAUACUAGUACUCAAUUAGCUGUACUGAAUCUCCAAUCAAAUAAUUUCAAGGGCACCAUUCCAUCAACAUUUUCUACUUGUGAUUUAUUGCAAUAUGUUGAUUUCACUGACAAUCAGUUAGAAGGAGCUAUACCUAGGUCUUUAUCUAAAUGUAGAAACCUGACAGUCUUAAAUUUGAGGAACAACAAAUUCAAAGAUGUAUUCCCCUAUUGGUUAGGUAGCCUUCCAUCUUUAGAGGUUCUCAGCCUAUCGUUUAAUAAAUUUCAUGGUGAUAUAACCAAAAAUUUAUCAAUAAUUGCAACAUUUCCUUUUUCAAAUCUACAUAUUCUCGACAUUUCAAACAAUAAUUUUUGUGGUAAAUUGCCAUUCAUGUACAUGAAACAAUUUCGUUCCAUGAUGGACGACAUGUCUACUAUAGGAAGUCCAAGGUACUUAGAAAAUAGUAGAGAUGGUGAUUAUAUGUUCUCCAUCAAGAUGACAGUAAAGGGGGUGGAACUGGAUUAUAAGAAGAUAAUUACUUCUAUGUCAACAUUUGAUAUGUCUAAUAAUCACUUUGAAGGAGAGAUUCCAAAUUCUAUAGGGAUGUUGCGAGCACUUCGAAAUCUUAAUCUCUCGCAUAACCUCCUUACCGGAAACAUCCCUUCCUCCAUCGGGAACUUAUCAUUGUUGGAUGGUUUAGACCUAUCAUCAAAUAGGCUUAUCGGUGAAAUCCCUCAAGAACUUGUUAGUUUAACAUUUCUCGGGUUUUUUAAUGUUUCACAUAAUCAACUGGAAGGGCCUAUACCCCGUGGUAACAAUUUUGAUACCUUCUCAUCUAAUUUGUACGAGGGAAAUCUUGAAUUGUGUGGAGCACCAUUACUUGAAUGCAAAAACAAUACGGUUUUGCAAUCUUUGAACAAUGAUAAUGUGGAAGAAAAAACAGAAUUAUCGAUGUGGGAUGUUGUAGUGAUUGGAUUUGGAAGUGGUACAAUAGUUGGUUUGGCUUGGGGGUACUACAUUGUUAGUAGGGAAGCCUUUAUGGCUUUUUAAAUUGUUGAACAAGAUGGAAUGGGCUUUACUUCAUUUUCAUGACCACCAUUUCAGUAGAAGAAGUAGAGUAUGAUGGAAUGAGCCUUUUUUGGCUUUACUUGAAUUUGUGGCAUUUUCUUUUUCUUUUCACUGUAUUUUAUUCAUAAUUAAAUUUUGUGAUAAUAACAUUUCUUUUCUAUAAAAAAAUAUAAAUGUGUGCCAAAUGGGUGAAUGUGAUAAUCUAUCUAAGAAAGAAACAUUUCAUUUCAUGAGAUGUCUAUAAAGCAUAAAAAUAUACUUAGUUUUAAUAUACAGAUAAUUCCUCAUAAAUUCCAUAAAAUAAAAUAAAAAAUAGAGAUAAAUAAUAACAAAAGGCUAACUAGAAUAAGAAUUACAUAAAUCAAAUUUUAACAACAACAAAACAUUUACAAAAUAAUUGGCAGUGCUUUUGAGUAAUAGCAAGCAUUUAUUAAAUAAAAAAUUGCUCCCUAUUCAAAUAUUAAUUCUAUAUCCUCCCUUUUUUCCUAAUUCAUUCAUUCAUGAUUAGGCAGUGGAUGGCCACUCUUUUUGAAUGUCGAAUGUGUAAUUGAUCUCCAUAUAACAUUUGUUGUCAUCAUCAAGAAACUGAGGCAACCAAAAUAAAACAAUUCACAAUUUAACGUAUUUGGGUAUGGAAACUUUAAGUGGUAGGCAAUAAUCGAUGAGAAUUAAAUUUUUAUCACAAAGAUAAAAAGAAAAGUCUUUGACCUUGUGAAUAGUGAAAAUAAUUCAGACUAUUUAUCAUUUUAUAAUUAAAUUUUCAUGCAUAAUGCUCCCUUUGUCUAAUUUCAAAUGUCUAAUUUGCUUUUUGUACGUUUGUCAAUGCAUAAAUUCAAUACUUCAUAACAAUAAUGGUGUAUAAUUUAAAAUUAUAAAAAAAUAGAUAUUAAUAAACCUUAUGUUUAGAUAAUCAAACAAAAUAUCAUUUAACUAUGUU